AUGCGCGACCCAGAGCAAGAAAUGCUCACCGUCCCGGAUGGCUUGGCAGACUGGACCUUCAAUCCAGCACACUUCGCACAGGCCAAUAACAUUGAAGUAUUCUAUCUUGACGCGAAAUGCCCUCAACCUGUCCGAUCAUCCCAGUUUGAAGAACAUUACUUCGGAGGACUUUCCCAGACUCAAAUGUACCCCAGCAAUUUUGGGUACUGGGAAGGCAACCAUUACGAAGACUGGUACAUCCCGCUCGCAUCCCUCGUAGGUCAAGCUCGAAACCUUCCGCCCGUUCCCGGUAAUCGUGUUCACCCAUUUUAUCGAGAAGGCUACGCCCACAUACAAUUCUUUCCUAUCGACUCACAGUCGGCUGGACCGACAUCUCCUCCCCCUUCCUAUUUCGAACGACCUCAGAUUCCUUCCCAUGCAUAUCCUUCUCUAGAAUCCUCAGAUUCACCCUCGACACCCAGCAACACUCUCGCAUUAUAUACUGCAGAAGGAGAUUCUCGCAUGCCCCAGUCCUGUCUCAAUACAACAUACGAUUAUGAUGAUGACAAUGACAAUGAUGAUGAUGAUCAAAUGAGCGAGGACGAUGAUGAUGACGAGAACAUGAAGACCGCCGACGGGUUAGUAAUCACAAAUGGAAUCACUAUCGACGACAGCUCAGAGCACAAUGUACGCGACGGCUUUGAUGACAUCGCCCCCAAUCAAUUCCUCUGA